GUCGGCUCCUCACCUCGUCCCCUCUCCUCCCUCACUCGCCGAUCCAUCAGCUCUUCCUCACCUCGAUUCCUCCCCGGAUUUCCCGAUCCAAAAAGCCCCCAGGAUCUGCGUUCUCGGUGGCGUGGAAACCCUACAGCGCCGCGCUCUUUGAAUCCGUGGAUUGCCGAAUCUGGGGUUGAAUCGGGCGUGGGGACGCCGUCUAAUCUGUUCUUGUGAUUCUUGAUUUCGAGGGCGCAGAGGUUGCUGCGACGGGAGGAGGCAUGACGAAGGUGGUGUACGAGGGAUGGAUGGUCAGAUACGGCAGGAGAAAGAUCGGCAAGUCGUUCAUCCAUAUGCGGUACUUUGUCCUCGAGACGAGGCUUCUGGCAUAUUAUAAGAAACAACCCACGGAUAAUAUGGUUCCACUCCAGAGCCUUGUUAUAGAUGGGAAUUGCAGAGUCGAGGAUAGGGGCUUAAAAACGCAGCAGGGUCAUAUGGUUUAUGUUUUAUGUGUCUACAACAAAAAAGAGAAGAAUCAACGAAUGAUGAUGGCAGCAUACAACAUCCAGGAUGCUCUUAAUUGGAAAGAGAAGAUCGAGUUUGUUAUAGAUCAGCAACAUGGCUUAGCGACCGGUAAUGGUAAUUCAACUUUUGUUUCACGUGACCUUGGAAUGGAUAUUGAGAGGAAUGCUUCUUCCUCUAAUCAUGGAAGGAACCCCGAAGAUGAAGAAGAAAACAAUCCCAAUUUACCUUGGCGAACAACGACUGGGAAUGGCCCUCCUGAUUCAGUACUUGACUGGACACGUGAUCAACUUUCUCCUAGAAAGCAUUGGCGACUAGUCAGGUGCCAGAAUGGGCUACGAAUUUUUGAAGAACUUCCAAGAGCCGAUCACCUUCCAAGAGGCUACAGUAAGGCAAUGAAAGCAGUUGGCGUGGUUGAUGCCACAUGUGCAGCUAUAUUUGAGCUUAUAAUGAGUAUGGAUGGCACACGUUUUGAGUGGGACUGUAGUUUUCAGCAUGGCGACCUAGUUGAAGAGGUUGAUGGACAUACUGCUGUACUGUACCAGAGAUUGCAGCUGGAAUGGUGCUCAAGGAUUGUGUGGCCUCGUGACCUUUGUUAUGUACGUUAUUGGCGGCAUAAUGAUGAUGGAAGUUAUGUUGUCCUGUUCCAAUCUAGAGAACAUUCAAACUGUGGUCCUCAGCCAGGAUUUGUGAGAGCCCACAUGGAGAGUGGUGGGUUCAAGAUUUCACCCCUUAAACCUCGCAAUAGGGGACCUCGUACUCAAGUCCAGCAUCUUAUGCAAAUAGACCUUAGAGGGUGGUUUGUGGGUUACUUUCCUUCAUUUCAGCAGCACUGUUUACUUCAUAUGUUAAGUAGUGUCGCAGGGAUACGUGAAUUGUUUUCCCAAACAGAUGAAGUCCACACAGCACCCAGGAUUCCGAUCAUGGUCAGUAUGACCUCAGAUUCUGUUUCUUCUGAGAAGGAACAGAAAACCCAGGAGAUCAGCAUUCAGCCUGGUGUAUCUUUGGACCAAGUGUUCACUGAUAAUACACAUCCACUUAUUUUAGAUGAAGAUUCUGAUGAUGAGGAGGACACUCACAUACUUGAUGCUGAAGAAGAGGGAUCCACAACCAAAACUGGAAACAAUACUACACAAACAGAGAUGGAUGUAGAUACUUCAGAUAGUUUUGAUACAUCCUGCUUCUCUGGCAAUUUACGAUGGGAUGAUGAUGAAAAUAGUCGUGAUUGUUGGAGACUACCUGAUGGAAAUAACUUCAAAGUCCGAAGUGAAAAUUUUUUUAAAGACAAAUCCAAGAUUCCUGCAGGAAAGUAUGUCAUGGAGCUCGUAGCAGUUGAUUGGUUGAAAAAUGCAACACGAAUGGAUAAUGUUGCACGACGAUCAGGCUGUGCAGCCCAAGUUGCUUCUGAGAAAGGACUAUUCUCUUUCGUCAUAAAUCUGCAAAUUCCUGGAUCAACCCAUUACAGCUUAGUCUUUUACUAUGUAAAGAAACAACUGGAACCAGGUUCGCUACUGCAGCGGUUUGUCGACGGAGACGAUGAGUUUCGAAACAGUAGGUUCAAGCUCAUCCCAUCCGUCACUAAGGGCUCAUGGAUUGUUCGCCAGAGUGUUGGAAGCACUGCUUGCUUGUUGGGAAAAGCAGUUGAUUGUACCUACAUUCGUGGAGAAAAAUACUUGGAGAUAGACGUGGAUAUUGGUUCUUCUGCAGUGGCCAAUGGAGUGUUGGGGCUUGUGUUUGGUGUGCUUACAUCAUUGGUAGUUGAUAUGGCAUUUCUUAUUCAGGCUGUCUCUCCUGAUGAGCUCCCAGAGCGGCUUAUUGGUGCCGUUCGAAUUGCACAUGCCGAGCUCUCAUCUGCGGUCGUUGCAGAUCUUGGAGACGAUCCUUUAGAAGAAUGACUGCUUCACCUUAUGUCGCCGUGUCGAUCAUUCGUUCGCGAAGGCAAAUUUCUCUGUUCCUUCUCCAGCUAUCGGCAGGCUUGGGAUACGCGCUCCAAGCAACGCUUCCUCCGGUUACAUCAGCAGUUUUGAUCAUAUCGAGAAGGCUCAUCGAGGAAUUCGCCAUCAGAAGCUGCCUCAAGGUGUUCGAUUAAUAUUUACUUCAAGUUAUAUAGCCAGGUUUUGCAUGCAUUCUUAUGCUGCUUCUCCCUCGGCUUCUUUACCUGGGCGAGUUGGGUACAUCACUAAGAGCUCUAUUCCUCGUUUUAUUUACAUUUUGCAAUGUGAAGUAGACAUGUCCCACAAUUUUGUUAGCAUCGCCUUCACCGACAUGAAUUGUUUUUAUCCUAUUCUAAUAAAUCAAAUU